UGAUUCAAAAAACCUAUUUUAAAACUUUAUUUUCAGUGUAUCAGAAGUAUAUCUUACAGUUAAAAAUUAAUAAAUAGGUAUUACUAUGAAUUACAGGCCUAUUUAUAGAUCGUUUAAGUUUUUACUAAAAUCAAGGCAAUAUAGUACCAAAGUACCACUUACUCCUAAUACAACUUUAGAAAAAGACGUUAAUAAGGAAACAGUUACAGUAAAUGAAAGUACUAUUGCACUGCUCGAAAGACUAUCCCUUGUGAAGUUUGAUACCAAAGACGGAGUAAAAGUUUUGGAGGACUCCAUUAAUUUUGCUAAUAAAAUCCUUCACAUUGAUACCAAUGGUGUUGAACCACUAUACACAGUAUUAGAAAAAGAGAAUCUUAGUUUAAGAGAAGAUAAAGUUACCCAAGGCAACUGUCAGGCUGAUAUAUUGAAGAAUGCUAUGGUGAUAGAGGAUGAUUAUUUUGUAGCACCACCUGGAAAUAUUCCAUUGCAUGAGAUUACCACAACUCCUAGUAUAUUCUUGAUCAAUGAUAUGAAGCAAGAAGAUAACAUUAUAAAUGUGAAUAUUACAGCCAAUUUUCCAUGGGGGCAGCAAGUUGUAGAAAGUAUUAAGUUGAACACUGAUAAGUCAGAUAAAUCAUGCCUGGUAUGUAAACUGGGUCUGGAAACAGCUCUGCUUACAAUAAUGCUGGAUGCUGCAUCCAAUGGAACAAAAGAAGGAUAUGUGAGAUUGCAUAAUAAAUUGGCACCUUACAAAUUCUCUUUUGCCUUCAACUUACAAGAUGACCCCCAACAAAACCAGACAAUGGUAGAUUUAGCAAAACUGAUAAAUUAUAAGUUGACCCUGAAGAAAAUAUCUACCUGGCUGCCCAAAUUUUCAUUCGAUUUACAAGAUCAGAUGUUACAGUUGAAUAAUAGUGUUUUGUCCUUGAAUUCCCUUAUUUUUCAGGAGCAAAUCCACAUUGCUGAUCUUGAAUCAUAUGCCCAAAUUCUGUGCAAGAAUUGAAGAGUUAGGCUGCGUCCCCAUCAGACACGGCACGGCGCCGCCACCGUGUUACGGCACGACGCCGCCACCGUGAUACGGUAC